AUGCUAUCUUCAGCCCAGACCCCGCGCCUCCGACUUUCUUCCCGUACCACCACCACCACCACCCUCAAAUCCUUACACUCCUCCGUCAUCGCCAGCUCCGCUGCCGCCGCUGCCCCGCAGCCUCCCUCCCAAAUACUCACCACCCGAAAAUCCCUACUCUCACGCCAGACCUCAGCCGUGGACCUCGCCAAGUCCUUUCUCCACCGCCUCCGCCGCCACGAGCCCCAACUCGGCAGCUUUAUCCACGUGUCCUCCGAUGAAGCGGUUUUAAAGCAAGCUGAGGCGCUGGAUAACAAGAUUAGGAACAAUGAGGAGGUGGGCCCGCUUGCCGGGGUUCUGAUUGGAGUUAAGGAUAACAUCUGCACUCACGAUAUGCCUUCGACUGCCGGGUCGAGACUCUUGGAAAAUUAUCGCCCGCCCUAUGAUGCUACAGUGGUGGCGAAGCUGAGGGAUGGUGGAGCCAUCAUUGUUGGGAAGACCAAUUUGGAUGAGUUUGGUAUGGGGAGCACAACAGAAGGAUCUGCUUAUCAAGUGACGGCUAAUCCAUGGGAUUUGUCGAGGGUGCCAGGAGGGUCAUCUGGUGGAUCAGCUUCAGCUGUUAGUGCUAGACAAUGCAUGGCUGCAUUGGGCAGUGAUACUGGUGGAAGUGUCAGGCAACCAGCAUCUUUCUGUGGCGUUGUUGGUCUGAAACCAACAUACGGACGUGUGUCAAGAUAUGGGCUUGUGGCUUAUGCAUCUUCUUUGGAUGUUAUUGGAUGCUUUGGUUCAUCAGUUGCUGAUGCGGGAAUUCUCCUCCAAACAAUCUCGGGGCAUGACAAGUUUGAUGCAACAAGUAGCAAUAGAGAAGUCCCAGACUAUGCAUCCAACUUUGUUGGAAUAGAUUAUUUGGAAUCUAAACCCUUGAAAGGACUGAGAGUUGGUGUUAUUCGGGAAACCUGUGAUGAUGGAGUUGAUUCAGAAGUAAUAUCCACAUUUCGUGAUGCUGUUUCUCAUUUGGAAGAACUUGGAUGCACUGUUUCAGAGGUCUCACUGCCAUCAUAUUCUCUUGGAUUGCCAGCAUAUUACAUCCUUGCGUCAUCUGAGUCCUCGUCGAAUUUGUCUCGCUAUGAUGGUGUCAGAUAUGGAAAACAAAUUUUCGGUGAUGAGCUUAUUUCUCUUUAUGGGGAUUCCCGUGCCCAAGGGUUUGGUCCUGAGGUUAAGAUGAGAAUUCUAAUGGGCACUUAUGCUCUUUCAGCUGGUUAUUACGAUGCAUAUUACAAGCGUGCCCAGCAGGUCAGAACUAUAAUUCGAAAAAGCUUCAAGGAUGCUUUGGACAAAAAUGAUAUCUUAAUAUCUCCUGCUGCUCCCUCUGUUGCUUAUAAGAUUGGUGAGAAGAAAAAUGAUCCAUUGUCCAUGUAUGCCGGAGACAUAAUGACAGUUAACGUGAACUUGGCGGGUCUUCCGGCACUGGUUUUACCAUGUGGACUUGCUGAAGUGGGGUCUGCUGGUCUGCCCGUAGGACUCCAAUUGAUAGGAACAGCAUUUGACGAGGAGAAGUUGCUAAAAAUAGGUCACAUCUUCGAGCAAACUCUUCAGGGUUAUUCAUUCAUCCCACCUCUUGUGGCUGAUGAGUGUGCUUACUAG